AUGCUGUCGUUUCUCAACCCAUUGCCAUAUCUACCCCCAUACAAUGGACCGCAUAAAGUGGGCACCACGGUGUAUGAAAUCCCAAUCACAUCGCUAGGGUACGACACAAUUCCAGAAGGAUUCCCUACAUCAACGAUCAAGUUUCGAGUAUUCUACCCUACCAGCCCAGAAACAUCAGAUUUGCCAUUUGCAAGCUGGCUGCCGGAGCCUCAAUCAGCGUACGUGGACGCUUAUCUCAAGCUUGCUCGUGUCGGCCCGUGGCUGUCAAAACUUCUUUUGUCCAUUCCGCUUUAUCUCCGGUCAACCAAAGUCCAUGCCUACGAAAAUGCCCCAUUGAAAUCUGACGACCAACCGUUCCCAGUCUUAAUUUUUUCUCAUGGGUUGGUGGGGGGCGCCAACACUCAUUCCUAUCUCCUCGGUGAACUGGCAUCUCGUGGCGUCAUCUGUGUCGCUCUCGAGCAUCGCGACGGGAGUGGUGUGCUGUCCCGGGCCAACAACGACGGGGCGAAGAAGGGAGCAACCGAGCAGCCUAGUGAAGUCACGUCCAUCUUCUACAAGUCAAAUUCUUUGAAGAUCCGCCCUGGCGUGUGGGAGCAACGAGACCACCAAAUCUCCAUUCGACUAUUUGAGCUGAGUGCAACAUUUCAGGCAUUAGAGUUGUUGAACCAAGGAGUUGCAUUGCCUAAUGUUGCAGAGGGAUCUGCUGGAUCCAAUGUCAUCCCAAAGUCCUCUUUAAACCUCCAACCAGGACAAGUGACCUGGGCGGCGCAUUCAUUUGGCGGAGCAACCAUGGUGCAGUUCUUCAAAUCACUCUACCAUGAGAGCCGAGUCGAACUUCUCUCCGGUGUUAAGCCCGAUGACCCACUAAAAGAAAACUCGUUGUUUCUCGUACGGCCUUCCAAGAGCUUGGUUAACCACCUCACGCCAUCCACACCACUGAUCCUGCUCGACCCAUGGUUCAUGCCUCUGCGGUCGCCGCGGAGACGAGAAUUGUUUGAUAAACCUCUUCCAGCGUUUGAAUCGACCCCAGCAGAUGCCAGUCACCAGGCAAGCACGAUUGCGGUGCUGUCGUCUGAAUGUGCGUGGCACUGGCCAGAAGUGCACUCGCACAUGCCCCAGAUCUUUGCGCCAGAACCGCUGAGGGUGCAAACCCAGACUGAGGAGGAAACGACCGAGAUAUUCAAGGCGUUCAAGAGCCCGCGACAUUUCAUGAACGAGUCUAAAGCAAAACAUGGUGCUUCCAAGGCUAUCGAUCCCAUCGACGAGUCACAACCUCAACCGACCAAAAUGUUUGUUUUGCACAAUACGACCCACGUAACGCCCUCGGAUUUUGGGAUUUUGUUUCCUUGGAUCACAUGGUGGUUUACAGGACAAGAGAAACCGGUGUUGGCUACUGUCAAUAUUGUUAAAUGUAUAUUGGAUGCUGCAGGGUUGAGCAAAUUGCAGGUUGAGAUUCCAGGAUUUGACAGCCCAGAGGACAAGGCACAACUGGCGCGGAUUGCAUGAGGGAAAUUACUGUCUUGAACUGGGCAUAGUGGGGGUGUAAAUGAAUUACAAUAGAAGGACAAC